ACUAUCUAAUGAUCGAUAUAAACGUAUGCGGAAGUUUUCAGAACAGCGUCGGACUAUUUAUAAAUUACAUAAUUGUUUCGUUUCUCAGAUUUGAUUUAUUCACAGUAAUGGGUGAAGUAGCUUUUGAUAUUGAUCAACUGGUGGUUUCACAUCCUGAUCUUUUUAUAAAACUAAAACCAUCUGAAAUUUACUUCAGCCAAAAUAGAAUCAACGCACUUUUCAGAUGUCGUAGGUCGGUUGGAGGAACUCUCGACGAUAUAAUGGAAGGAAGGUGUAAUUUUAAAGACCUUCCAAUGAUUUCUGUUAUGAACAGGGACGGAAAAUGGGUGACAGCCGAUAAUAGAAGACUUUGGGUGUUCAGACAUCUUGAAAAACUCGGUAAAUGCACUAAUAUUAUAGCAAUAAAGACUACUUUUAUACCAGAGAGCAAAUUAAACUCAGAAAAUGGUGGGCGAACGGUAGAGUUUUAUAUUGGAAUGGCUGCAACUGGUGAAUGGCAUAAAAAGGUACCAACUAUAGAGAUACCAGAUACUGAAUCAAAACAAAAUGAUAUAGUUACAGAGUUAGAACAGUUAAAACUUUGAAGAAUUGGUCACCGAUUAUUUAGUAUGUUUGUAGUCAAUCUAAGACCUACGUAUUCUGAAUUUUUCUUUAAUGCUUUAAGAAAUAUGUUGACAACACAGCAUAUAAGGAUACACUAGUUCCUUUUUGUUUUGAGUUGAAAGGUUUAUAGUUUUAGACUUGUUGA